GCAUUAUCUCUAGUAAGAACAAUAUGGUUGGAUCUAGGAGUCAGACUAAUCUUGGAGGAGACCCCCAAACAAUUCAAGGGGUUGUCAAACAUUUUGGAUCCCGAUAUGGGACCAGCAAUAAGGAAAUACAUAGGCAGCCUAAAAAUUUUGAUGAUUCCGAAUUGGAAACACUACUCAACGAUUAUCCAGAUGAUGAGACUGAAAAUAGACAGCGUGGAAUAGAAAAAGAAAUAAAAUACCCAAAGUCUGUAUUUUUCAUCAUCAGCAGCGAGUUUUGCGAAAGAUUUUCUUAUUAUGGAAUGCGUGGUGUUUUAGCAUUAUAUCUCAAAGACUCUCUUCAUUAUACUGAAAAUAAUGCUACAAUAAUCUAUCACAUGUUCAUCGUGCUGUGUUACUUCACACCUCUCUUUGGCGGGAUAAUGGCUGAUGCAUGGCUAGGAAAAUAUAAUACCAUACUGUAUGUUUCUUUACUUUAUGCGACUGGUAACAUUGUCCUUUCAUUUGGGUCCGUUGCAGCAUUCAGUAUUCCUCACAGAGAACUCUCGUUCCUUGGGUUGUUUCUAAUCGCAGUAGGGACGGGUGGAAUAAAGCCAUGUGUUUCUUCUUUCGGAGGUGACCAGUUCAUUCUUCCACAACAAGAACAACAACUCCGAAGUUUCUUUUCCAUCUUUUAUUUUUCAAUUAACGCUGGAAGUGUUAUUUCCUCCUUCUUGACUCCAAUGCUGCGGGAAUACCACUGCCUCGGCAGCAAUGAAGACUGUUACCCGUUAGCAUUUGGUUUACCUGCUGCGUUGAUGAUCGUAGCUCUUGUUAUAUUUGUUUUUGGAAGCCCUAUGUACAAAAGGAAUAAUCCACAAGGCAAUAUUGCUCUUCAAGUUGUUGGUUGUAUUGGUCAUGCAGUUGCAAAGAAAAUUAGUUCAACUAAAAAGAAAGAGCAUUGGUUAGACUAUGCUGAAGAUAAAUAUAGUGUAAAGUUGAUAGCAGAUAUUAAAGUUCUUAUGAAAUUAAUUUAUUUAUUCACACCUACGAUUGUAUUUUGGGCUCUAUACGAUCAACAGGGUUCCAAAUGGACGUUUCAAGCUAGUCGGAUGGAUGGAGAUUUAGGUUGGUUCACUAUCCAACCUGACCAAAUGCAAACUCUCGAUGCUUUGCUCGUACUGUUCUUCAUUCCUCUUUUCGAAAGUAUUAUUUAUCCCUUUUUGGCAAAAUUACGUUUAGUGAGAAAUCCUCUUCAGAAAUUGACAGUUGGUGGAUUCCUCGCUGCUUUUGCUUUUCUUUUGUCAGGUGCUCUCGAGAUUUAUAUACAGCAAGAAAAUGCGCCAUCACCAGGAAGUGGGCAGUCGGAAGUAAUUCUGUAUAAUCCGUUAAGUUGUGCUGCUGAUGUUAAUAGACUUUCAAAUAAAGUGGUGUUACCACCUCAAGACUUCCUAGACUUGAAAAAAAUCUCUUCUGAGCCUGUUAAUGUGACCAUAUCGACAGCUUGUGCAGGUUCUUGGACUGGAUUUCUUGAACUUAAGGAAAAAGAGAUUUUUUCAUUUAUGCUGUUAAAUAAAGACGAAAAGCUCUCUUUGAUUCGAUUAAAUAUGACUGGAGGAAAUAUGGAAAUGGUCAAGUCUCAAAGUUCCAACCCUAAACUGAAGAUUCUAUUUAGUAAUACUGACCAGUUAUCGAUAUCAGCACAAACUAUUGAUAACGUUAGAAACUUUACGGUAUAUUACGCAUCCCAUCAAUCACAGCAGAUCGAAAUGCCUCUAAAUGGAAGGUACAUCAUUACAGUUAAUGACACUGUUGUAGCAAACGUUAACUUGAAACAAGGCGGAAUUUAUAUUUUAAUGUUGGAAGGUGAUUUAAAAAAUUUGACUAGUAAACUGUUGACCGUCGUGAAACCUAACGCAAUUAGUAUGUUGUGGCAAAUUCCUCAAUAUGUGGUCAUUACUUGUGCUGAAAUAAUGUUCGCCAUCACAGGCCUCGAGUUUUCUUAUAGUGAGAGUCCUAAUAGUAUGAAAUCUGUGAUAUCAUCUCUUUGGCUAUUAACCGAUUCAUUUGGAAAUAUCAUUGUUUUGAUAAUCGCUGGAUUUAAAAUGGCUAAUGCGGCUCAUGAGAUGUUCUUCUAUUCCGGAUUGAUGUCAAUAGUGAUGCUGUUUUUCAUUUCUCUCGCUUACCGGUACUCUUAUGUUGAUCGAAUAAAAAGAAACCAAGAAGAAGAUGAAGAUGUCAUUUUAGUAGAUCAGACCAGAAUUUAG